CCGCCUCAGCGUCAUCGCAAGCAUAGAGCUCAUGGGCGACCGCUACCCGAUCGACGUAGUGAGGGGGAAGCUGCAGGAUAACGGCCCGACGGCGUCGCAGGUGGUGACGGUGGCUGCGAUGUUCCCCCUCGGUGGUCUCCUGCUCACGCUGUCGGGUCUCGCCCUCGCCGGCUCCGUCGUGGGGCUCGUCGUGCUCGCGCCGCUGUUCCUGCUCUUCAGCCCCGUGCUGGUUCCGGCGGCGCUGGUGUUGGCGCUGGCGGUGACGGGGUUCCUGGCGUCAGGGGCGCUGGGAUGCACCGGGGUGUCGUCGCUGGCCUACACUAUGAGGCAGGCGCGCGCGGCCCUGCAGCAGGGGCCGGAGCAGAUAGACUACGCGAAGCGUAGGGUGGCGGAGACGGCGGGACACCUGGGGCAGAAGACGAGGGAAGCGGGGCACGCGGUGUAGAGCUGGGCGGAGGAGUUGAAGAGGGCAUGAGCGCCGCCGGAGCAGAGGGAUCAUGCGCGUCUGGACGACAACGCGCGUAGUCGAUAUGUAAUUUGUAUUACGGCGGUGCUUGAGUGCUCUGUCUUCGUUGCAAUAAUCAAUAAAUUUCAGUAGAUGUGAGCGCGUUUAGUAUGUUAA